AUGAAGGACGCUGAGGGCUACUGCUGUCGCCGAGAGCUGCACCCCAACAGGGCUGCGCUCUCCCUUCCUUUGUUCGCGCCUCUGCGCCUGCGCAGUGCGACAAAUCUGGCGCUGUCCCCUUCAGCACCACGCGGAGCCCGCGCCCCCCCCUCCCCGCGGGGGGAGGGGGAGGGAGUGAGAGGCAGGCGGGCCUGGAGCAAGCGGGAGCAAGCGGGAGCCGCGCUGCCUUCACAGCUGAGCUGGGCCCAGCCUCUUCCCUGCCUUUCCUCGGCCCCAGCUCCAGGCGAGCAGCGGCCUGUCCGAAGAGCAUGCUGCCCCCUCACUCCCCGCCUGACCUUGCCAUCCCUGCCCCCCCAGCCUGACCCCCGGCCCCCAGCAUGGCCCAAGGGUGCCAUGCGCUUCUGCUCCGAGGGCGACUGUGCCAUCUCCCCACCACGAUGCCCGCGCCGCUGGCUCCCCGAAGGCCCAGUGCCACAAAGCCCCCCAGCCAGCAUGUAUGGCAGUACAGGCUCCCUGCUACGGCGGGUGGCAGGGCCAGGUCCCCGAGGCCGGGAACUGGGACGUGUGACAGCACCCUGUACACCCCUGCGUGGUCCCCCCUCACCCCGUGUUCCUCCUUCACCCUGGUCACCCUCUUCACCCACUGGGCAGCCCCCACCGGGGGCCCGGAGCUCUGUGGUCAUAUUCCGCUUUGUGGAGAAGGCCAGUGUGAGGCCAUUAAAUGGGCUACCUGCUCCCGGAGGCUUGAGUCGGAGCUGGGACCUGGGUGGGGUCUCUCCUCCCAGGCCCACUCCAGCCCUUGGGCCUGGCUCCAACCGGAAGUUGCGGCUAGAGGCAUCCACAUCAGACCCACUCCCAGCCAGAGGAGGCUCAGCUCUGCCUGGUAGCCAGGGCCUUAUACAUGGGCCACCAGCCCAACCUCAGGUUGGGGCAGAUGGCCUUUACUCCUCUCUCCCCAAUGGGCUGGGGGGACCUUCUGAGCACCUGGCCAAGCUAUUCCCAGGACCUGCUGACAACUGGACUCCUGAACCAGGGGGACACCUGGUCUCCCCCCGGGAAGUUUCCUCUCAUGCCCAGAGAAUUGCUCGAGCCAAAUGGGAAUUCUUCUAUGGCUCCCUGGACCCCCCAAGCUCAGGUGCUAAGCCCCUGGAGCAGGCCCCCCCAUCUCCACCUGGGGUGGGCUCAGGGCAGGGCUCUGGGGUGGCUGUGGGGCGAGCAGCCAAGUACUCCGAGACGGACCUGGACACGGUGCCCCUGAGGUGCUACCGCGAGACCGACAUCGAUGAGGUGCUGGCUGAGCGGGAAGAGGCUGACUCGGCCAUCGAGAGUCAGCCCAGCUCUGAGGGCCCACCUGGCACUGCCCGCCCACCUGCUCCACGUGCCAGCCCAUGCCUUGGCCCUUGUCCCAGCCUGGGCAGUGGCGAUGAGGACGAGGAUGAGGCAGGUGGGGGAAGAGGAUGUGACGACGAGGUGUUUGAGGCCUCAGAGGGGGCCCGGCCAGGCACCCGGAUGCCUCCUGGGCCUCUCAAGUCGCCCCUGCCCUUUCUGCCUGGGAAGCCCUCGGCUGACGGGCCUGACUCUUUCAGUUGUGUGUUUGAAGCCAUCUUGGAGUCACACCGGGCCAAGGGCACCUCCUACACCAGCCUCGCCUCCCUGGAGGCCCUGGCCUCACCUGGCCCAACCCAGAGCCCCUUCUUCACCUUUGAGCUGCCUCUCCAACCCCCUGCUCCCCGGCCUGACCCACCUGCUCCCGCCCCACUUGCACCUCUUGAGCCAGAUUCUGGUACCAGCUCUGCUGCUGAUGGGCCUUGGACACAGAGAGGGGAGGAAGAAGAGGCAGAGGCUGGAGCCAAGCAGGCCCCAGGGAAGGAGCCCCCUAGUCCCUGCCACUCGGAGGACAGCUUUGGGCUGGGGGCGGCACCUCUGGGCAGUGAACCACCGUUGAGCCAGCUGGUGUCUGACUCGGACUCAGAGCUGGACAGCACAGAGCGGCUGGCCCUGGGAAGCACAGACACCUUGUCCAAUGGGCAGAAAAGCCGACCUGGAGGCUGCACAGCGCCUAGCUAGAGGCUAUACCGACUAGACGGCUUCAGGAAGGCUGAUGUGGCCCGGCACCUGGGCAAGAACAAUGACUUCAGCAAACUUGUGGCUGGCGAGUACCUCAAGUUCUUUGUCUUCACGGGCAUGACUCUGGACCAAGCUCUCAGGGUGUUUCUGAAGGAGCUGGCCUUAAUGGGUGAGACCCAGGAACGGGAGCGCGUGCUGGCCCACUUCUCCCAGAGAUACUUCCAGUGCAAUCCAGGAGCCCUGUCCUCAGAGGACGGUGCGCACACGCUGACCUGCGCCCUCAUGCUACUCAACACUGAUCUCCACGGCCAUAACAUUGGGAAGCGCAUGACCUGUGGAGACUUCAUCGGGAACCUGGAGGGCCUCAAUGAAGGCGGAGACUUCCCCAGGGAGCUGCUCAAGGCCUUGUACAGCUCCAUCAAGAAUGAAAAGCUGCAGUGGGCCAUAGACGAGGAGGAGCUGAGACGCUCUCUGUCUGAGUUGGCCGACCCCAACCCCAAGGUCAUCAAGCGGGUCAGCGGGGGCAGUGGCAGCGGCUCCAGCCCUUUCCUGGACCUGACUCCUGAACCCGGGGCUGCAGUCUACAAGCACGGGGCCCUGGUGCGAAAGGUGCACGCAGACCCUGACUGCAGGAAGACACCUCGGGGCAAGCGGGGCUGGAAGAGCUUCCACGGGAUCCUCAAGGGCAUGAUCCUCUACCUGCAGAAGGAGGAGUACCAGCCUGGGAAGGCCCUAUCAGAGGCAGAGCUAAAGAAUGCCAUCAGCAUCCACCACGCGCUGGCCACACGUGCCAGCGACUACAGCAAGAGGCCCCAUGUCUUCUACCUGCGCACAGCUGAUUGGCGGGUCUUCCUCUUUCAGGCCCCGAGCCUGGAGCAGAUGCAGUCCUGGAUCACUCGCAUCAAUGUGGUGGCUGCCAUGUUCUCUGCACCCCCCUUCCCAGCUGCUGUUAGCUCCCAGAGGAAGUUCAGCCGCCCUCUGCUGCCCAGCGCUGCCACCCGCCUCUCCCAGGAGGAGCAGGUGCGGACCCAUGAGGCCAAGCUGAAGGCCAUGGCAAGUGAGUUGCGAGAGCACCGGGCUGCGCAACUGGGCAGGAAGGCCCGAGGCAAGGAGGCUGAGGAGCAGCGGCAGAAGGAGGCCUACCUGGAGUUUGAGAAAUCCCGCUAUGGCACAUACGCAGCGCUGCUUCGGGUCAAGCUGAAGGCGGGCAGUGAAGAGCUGGAUGCAGUAGAGGCAGCACUGGCCCAGGCCGGGAGCACAGAGGAUGGACUCCUUCCACCUCACUCCAGUCCCUCCCUGCAGCCCAACCCUGCCAGCCAGCCCCGGGCUCAGUGUCAUGGCUCAGAGCCUCGUGGAGGGGCGAUCAGUGGGCGGUGGAAGCUCUGAGUUGAGGGUAGGAGCGUGGGGGUUUGGCGCCCACUGGGCACCUGCAUGACAUAGCCUUGCCUGAGCCCGGGCCGGCCUCGGGCCGCCCACGAGGGGCCCCCGGCCCAGGGCCCGACCGCGCCGGACGCGGUGUCCGGGGCAGCGCAGGGCUAGGGCGUGGGCCUCGGGAGCCUAGGCCAGGGGCCCCUCUGAGACCCCCAUUUU